AUGGCGACGACGACCCCAACUGAACAAGAACUGGUCCAUGCGAUCAAGAGCGUGUACGAAAAGAACCCCGAGUUCGGGUCGAAGCGCAUCCUGGCCGCGGUCAAGGGCUCGCACGCCGACUGGCUUGUGGGUGAAAAGCGAAUCUCCAAGUUGCUCAAGAAGCUGAAUUUGGCCCACCAACACCACGAAACCCCUCAAAUGGACAACCAAUCGUCCGACGACGAGCAGCACCACAACGACAACAACGCGUCGUCCCCUGGUGCCGCAAAGGAGGAACCGACUCUGCACCCGUCGUGGACGCUGUUGUGGAAGUUGCUGCCCCCAUUGUAG